AUGGAUGCAGAGACCCCAAACACUCUGUUGAAUCUUGCUAUGCAGAGUCUGCUGAGCAACGAGUCUGCAGCAAUCCAAGCUCUGGGGGAUAUUCCAAGAGAUCUUUUUGUUCCAUUGUUCAUUGCUGCCUUCGAGGGUGGGCAUAAGAAUGUAUUGAGUGCGAUGAUUAAAGUUUGGCCCUUUUACUGUCUCCAUAUUGGGCCAUUAAUUAUUCAGGAUGCUCAACAUGAACUCCUGCAAGCCAUGAUUGAGAAUCUUCCAGUAUGUCCUGCACAGGACUCUGCUUCUCGGAGACCUAAGUUGAAGAUCCUAGAUUUUCGGCAGGACACUGACUGUAGGACUACAUGCCCUGAAGUCAGCAGCAAAUCACCAUUCUGUUUUUAUUCUUGUGCUUUUUCUGGCCAUUCUAUCAUGAAAAAAGAAGAACUGCCUUCUACUGUAAAUUCAAAGUUCAAGGCUCAGUCACCCAAGCCUGUAGAAUUACUGCUAGACCUUUCCCUUGAUGGCUCCUUAAUGGAAAGGCAAUUUUUGGUUUUGCUUAAGGGUAAAAUUGCGGAGAGUGCAGGGUCUUUGCAUGUGUGCUGUCGAGAUUUGCAAGUUGAGAACUUGUGUGAGUGCAAAUGCACCCUGAAAUUUCUUGAUCUCAAAUGCGUUGAUCAGUUGUCAGUGGAGAAGGGCUCGCUGAGUGGUAUCACCAACAUCCUGUCUCGGAUGGUCCACUUACAAAGCCUUAGUCUAUAUAAUGUCACUUUUAGAUCUCUGAAUAGGAAAGUCUUUAAAAUUUUUCUCAGUCACUUGCAGCGUAUGGAAAGCCUCAAAGAACUCAACUUGACUUCAUUCUGCCUCAAAAAUCAUCUGGACAAAGUUCUCAGAGUCCUACCACCUUGUUUGGAAUUCUUGUAUCUGCCAUUCUGUGAUCUUUCCUACAGAGACUUCAGAUUUCUGUCCCUGAGCCCUCAGGUCACCAGGCUAAAGCUAUUGAAUCUUAGUAACAACGCAAUGUAUUGGGAUAAUGUCGAGCCCAUUCACACUCUUUUGGUAAAUCUCUCUGGUACGCUUCAGCAUCUAGAGAUAAACCACUGCCUUUUAAAUGAUUCUGCAAUUUCUGUUCUUAUCACUGCCCUAACUAAAUGUAUCCAUCUUCGUGUCCUGGCCUUUGCUUCUAACCCCGUCACAAUGCCUAUGCUUGUGAAUGUCAUGAAUAAUUUGACACCUUUGAUGGAACUAAAAUACGUGAUUUAUCCUAUCCCUAUACAUUGCUUUGAACAAUGGCAUUUUCAGGGCAGUUUAGACAGACAGAAGUUUGCCAUUGUACAACUACAACUGAAGGCGAUGCUAGAGCUUGCACAGAGGGGUGACAUGAACUGGAUCACUUACACUGAGUAG